GAGUUUUAACAGACAGUUUCAAUUAAAAGUUAUUUAUAAAUAUUGAAGAAAUACAAAAGUAUUCCCUUGAAAUUAUAACUUUUGUGAAGUGCAACGAAUUUGACGUUCCACUGCAUUCGAAAUGGCCAAGUUAACCAGCAGUAAGAGCAACAACAAUAUUGCUGCCACAGCCGACAACAACAAUAAUCAAGGCGACAACAAUCAAGAGCAGAGUGGCAGCGUCGUCAAUCGAGUGCCCAGUCAAAAAUAUGACACACUGCCACCAAAUAAAUUAGCCCAGCCCGAUCUAUUCCCAGAGAUAACAUUCUCCCAUCUAUCGAUCGAGAAUCUGCACUACGGCACUCCCAAUCGAUUCGUCCGGAAUAGCACAAAAAACUGCCUGACGAGCAGCGACAGCGGGCAGCAACAAUUAAUGAGAUCGGAUGAUGCCACGGAUUCGAUUUCGAUGAAAAAUACAUUUCCGAAGGCGCCCGAUGGCGGAUAUGGUUGGGUCGUGGUGUUCGCCUCAUUGGUGAUCUCCUUUAUUGCUGAUGGCCUGUCUUUCUCCUAUGGUCUGAUAAACACAGAGCUUUUACACUAUUUUGGCGAGUCCCCAUCGAAGACAGCCUGGAUUGGUUCGCUAUUCUUUUCGGUACCCCUGCUCAUGGGUCCCGUCUGGUCCAAUCUGGUGGAUAAGUAUGGUUGUCGCAAGAUGACCAUCUUUGGCGGUGUGGUGUCCGUCUUUGGAUUAGCACUCUCGUCUAUUUGCAACUCCAUUGAAAUGCUUAUGAUGACAUUUGGCUUAAUCUCCGGCUUGGGCCUGGGCAUUGGCUAUGUGACGGCUGUCGUCUCCAUAUCCUUUUGGUUCGACAAGAAGCGCACCUUUGCCACUGGCAUUGGCGCCUCUGGCACCGGCAUCGGUACCUUUGUGUAUGCGCCCCUGACGCAGUACCUCAUCGAUGCAUAUGGCUGGCGAGGCGCCACACUCAUAAUUGGUGCUACGACGUUUAAUAUGUGCGUUUGUGGCGCCCUGAUGCGUGAUCCGAACUGGCUCAUCGAAGAAAAUCGCCGAAAGAAAACAAAAUGCGGAGUGAGUGUUACGAAAAGCACUUUACUGGAAAGCUUACUAACUACGGCUAACCAACAAGAGGUGGCUUCGCUGGGCUUGAGCCCUAAACUCUACCACAGCGAGAUCUGGCUGCAUGACCCUAAGAAUCAACAAAGUGUGGGCUUUAAAGCAUCGUCGAAUACAAAUCUGUCAUCUAUAUCAUCGACAUCACUAUUUUGGGAAAUCCCAAGGAGUCAUUCCAACUCACUGCCACCACGUGUGGGCGCUUCUGUGGAAAGCUACUUCACCCAGGCGCACAGAGAGGGAAAGCAGUUCCUUAGAUCCAACCAUAUAUUCCAUUCUCAUAAGGAGGUCAGCCACUUGCGCUGCAAUGCGUUAGACAUAUCCAAUAAAGAAGAGACUUUUUUGCUGCUAGGAGGUUCUACCUUGAUUCGCAUCCCUGAGCUGGUUUGGAAGUCUAGGAGUAACGCAAAUCGCUCCAAGCUGAGGCACGCCAUUUCAACAAAUAGCUCCAACUUGCAUCCUCAACCUCGCAACUGCCUUCGCACCUCCUCUUGUCCAAACAUCUACCACAAGUCAACGAUCGGCACAGAUAAACCUAAGUUAGAUGAUAGUACCUACUGGUAUUAUGGUCUCAUGGACACCAUCAAAUCUAUUUUUGAUUUCUCGCUCUUUUUGGAUCUGAAAUUUGCGCUCUUCAGUUUAUCGACCUUGCUCUUGUAUACCUGGUUCAUUAUACCCUAUCUUUACUUGCCCGAGUACAUGAAGCAGCACGGCUAUGAGGUCAGUGUGAGUGCGGCUAUGAUUUCGGCCAUCGGCAUCGCCCAGACCAUAGGCAUGAUUGGCUUGGGCUACUUGGGCGAUCUCUCUUGGAUGAACAUCAACAUAUGCUACUCCUUGUGCAUGCUCGGCUGUGGUCUUUCUGUAUUCCUCAUGCCGAUCUUGCUGACCAACUAUAGUGGCCUAAUGGCCAUGUGCAUCCUAUUUGGAUUCACCUUUGCCAGUUCCAUUUCCUUUACACCCAGCAUUCUGGUCAUUAUUGUUGAUCUGGAGGACUUCACCUGUGCCUAUGGAUUAAUACUCCUGGUGCAAGGCGUUGGAAUGAUUACUGGGCCACCCGCAGCAGGCGCCAUUUAUGAGUAUACGCUCAGGUGGGAUGACUCCUUCUACUGUGCGGGCAUAUUUAUAGCCCUGUCUGGAGUCUGUUCGUAUAUAAUUGAGUUUUGUGGAAGUAAGAGAGCUAAGAUGAAGAAAGCUAAGCCGAUGCAUUAGAUCGUUACAAAAACAAAGCCUGCAUAGAUAUUGUUGUAGUGGGAAAGUUUUUAAUCAAAUUCUAUCUAAUCGCUGCACUUGAUUUUAGUUUAUAAUUAUUUAUAUAACUACAAAAAUGUGGAAUAAGAUUGGAUUAAUAACUAUUAUAUGAAAACGAAAAGUU